AUGGAAUAUCAUUAUGGUCCUCGGUCUGUCGCUGUUGGCAAUUUUAAUAAUGAUAAUGACAAACGGUUAGAUCUUGUUGUUGCUAAUCAUGCUGUGGAUAGUAUAUCCGUAUUUCUUGAUUAUAAUGACGGUAGUUUUGCAAGUCAUAUAGCAUAUCCGACCGGUUCAUAUUCUGCUCCAUACAUGGUUGCAUUAGGAGAUUUCAACAAUAAUGAUCAGAUAGAUAUUGCUGUCGCAUAUUUUGGCACUAAUAGCAUAGGUAUAUUCGUGGAAUUCGGAAAUGGAUCUUUUGCUAAUGAAACAAUAAUUUCAACUGGUUCAUCUCAUCCAAUCUGGAUACAUAUAGCUGAUCUCAAUAAUGACACACAUAUUGAUAUUGUUACUGCUAACUAUGGAACAGAUAGUAUAAGCAUUUUUUAUGGAUAUGGAAAUGGACGUUUUUCAAAUUCGAUUAUUUAUUCAACAGGAUAUGAUUCUUCACCAUUCUCAGUUAUUAGUGGAGAUUUGAACAACGAUAAUCACUUAGAUCUUAUUAUUGCUAAUUAUGGUACAAAUAAUAUAGAUAUACUUCUUGCAAAUGGUAAUGGUGAUUUUUUACCUCAAAUGAUAUUAUCAACUGGCAUCGAUUCCCAUCCAUACUCGAUCAUUGUUGAACAUUUUAAUGGCGAUCUUCUGUUAGAUAUUGCUGUCGCUAAUUAUGGAACUAACAAUGUGGGUAUACUUCUGAAUAAUGGCAACAACACUUUUGGCAGUCAAAGCACGUACUCACUCAAUACUUCCUCUCCGUAUUCCAUCAGUGUUGGUGAUAUUAAUAAAGACAAUCGAGUUGAUUUAGUCGUUACUAAUAAAGGUAUCAAUAACAUCGGCGUAUUACUAGGAUUUGGUAACGGUAUUUUUUCUAAACCAACAAUGUAUCAAACUGACUCUUCUUCUUCAACCUCAGUUGUGAUAGCUGAUUUUAAUAAAGAUAAUUUCCUAGACAUCAUCAUCAGCAGCAAUGAUACUAAUAACAUGGCUAUUCUAUUUGGUUAUGAUGAAGGCUUUCAAUCGGAAAAGACGUAUCCAACGGGUCGUACCCCACAAUCGGUAGUUGUUGGUGACUUCAACAAUGAUGCUCGACUGGAUAUUGUUGUUGUUAAUGGGGAUGAUAACACUACAAGUGUACUUCUCGGAUAUGGUGAUGGUUCUUUCGCAAAUCAAACGAUACGUUCAACUGGCCAUAAUCCAAAAUUAGUAGCUGUUGGUGAUUUCAAUAAUGAUACUCAACUGGAUAUUGUUGUUGUUAAUGAGGGGGACAAUACUAUAAGUGUACUUUUGGGAUAUGGCAAUGGUUCUUUUGCAAAUCAAAUGAAGUAUGUCACUGGCUCAUCUCCAAAUUGUGUAGCUGUUGGUGAUUUCAACAACGAUACUAGACUAGAUAUUGUUGUAGCUGAGUGGGGUCAGAAAACUGCAAGUGUAUUUCUCGGAUAUGGCAAUGGUUCUUUUGAAUGUUUAGUUAUCCGCACAAAUACUACUCUAUGGGCAUACUUCGUCGCUGUUGGGGAUUUCAAUAACGAUACCCUAUUGGACAUCGUCGUUGCUAACUAUUUUUAUUUGGGCAACACGGCAUAUAUACUUCUCGGAUAUGGAAAUGGUUCUUUUCGAUGUCAAGCAGAAUAUUCAGUUGGCUCUGGCUUAACAUCUGUAGUUGUUGGUGAUUUCAAUAACGAUACUCGGCUGGAUAUUAUUGUUAGUGGUGAUAGUGACAAAAGGUUGAGUCUGCUUCUCGGAUAUGGAAAUGGAAGUUUUGAAGUACAACAGCUGGAUCCAGUAUCCUCGUCUCCAAAAUCUAUAGCUGUUGGUGAUUUUAACGACGAUACCAGACUAGAUAUCGUUAUUGGUAAUACGAAUGACAACACCACAAGUGUACUCCUUGGAUAUGGCAAUGGUUCUUUUGCACGUGAAAUCAAGUAUUCAACUGGCUAUGGUUCAGCUUCUAUAGCUGUUGGUGAUUUUAAUAAUGACACUUGGCUAGAUAUAGUCGUUGCUAAUGAGUUUAACAAUACUGUCAGUGUAUUACUUCAUUAUGCUAAUGGAUCUUUAAGAAACCCAACAACAAUUGCAUCUGGUGACGGCUCUGGUCUAAAAUAUGUUUCUGUUGAUGAUUUUAAUAAUGACACUGUACUAGAUCUGGUCGUCGUUAAUUCGGGCACUAAUAACAUAGGUAUAAAUUACGGAUAUGGUAUUAAUGGAUCUUUUUCAAAGCAAACAAUGUUUUCAGUGGGUUCCAGUUCAAAUCCAUAUUCCAUUGCCAUUGAGGAUUUCAAUAAAGAUGGUCAACAUGAUUUUGCUUUAGCUAAUCAUGGUACUAAGAAGAUCGAUAUGCUUCUAGGAGAUGGAACAGGACAAUUUGAACGUCAGAUACCUUAUUCAUCUAGUUUGGAUUUUGCUCCAUUAGUUGUCACUGCUGGUGAUUUCAAUAAUGAUGGACAAUCCGAGAUUGUUGUCGCAUAUGACAACACUGAUAAUAUAGAUACAUUUGCUGCAUAUGAUAACGGCCGUUUUGAAGGACCAACACACUAUUCAACUACCGACAUUCCACGACUACUAGCUAUUGGUGAUUUAAACAACGAUGCUCAACUAGAUCUCGUUGUUACUACUUCCUAUUUAGCUGGUGUCGAGUACAGUACUUCUCUAAACGUACUUCUUGGAUAUGGAGAUGGUAGCUUAGCAAAUGAAACAACUUUUUAUCUCUCUAAUGUUUUCCCAAUAUCUCUAACUAUUGCUGAUUUCAACAACGAUGCCCAACUAGAUAUUGCUGUUGGUUUCGACUUCAUAAACAAACCUCUAAUUGUGUUUCUCGGAUAUGGCAAUGGUUCUUUCGCACAUCAAAUAGAGUAUUCAACGGUGACUCUUUCGCCCAGAUCUAUAGCUCUAGGUGAUUUCAAUAAUGACACUUGGCUAGAUAUCAUCUUUACUGGUUUUCGUCGUUUAAACGGCUCUGUAACCAUACUCUUCGGAUGUGGUAAUGGUUCAUUUGCAAAUGAGACAAUAUAUUCAACUAGCCGUAGAACAAACUUAGUAACUAUCGGUGAUUUCAAUAACGACACUCGGCUGGACAUAAUUGUUUCCAAUUAUCGUAACAAUACUGUAAGUGUACUCCUCGGAUAUGCUAAUGGUUCUUUUGAAAAUGAAAUAGUAUCUUCAACUAUGCAUAAUCCACAAUCGAUAGUUAUUGGUGAUUUUAAUAAUGAUACUCGACUGGACAUUGUUGUUGUUAAUGGUGAUCAAGACAGUAUAAGUGUACUCCUCGGAUAUGGUAAUGGUUCUUUUGCAAAUGAAACAAAAUACUUAACUGGUCGUACACCAAAAUCGGUAGCUGUUGGUGAUCUCAACAACGAUGCUCAGUUGGAUAUAGUUGUUGCUAACGGACGUGACAAUAUUGUGAGUGUAUUUCUUGGAUAUGGCAAUGGUUCUUUUGCAAAUCAGACAACGGUUCCAACUGCCUCGCCUCUUCUGUCUGUCGUUGUUGGCGAUUUUAACAAUGACAGUCGACUGGAUCUUGUCGUUGCUAAUUCAGUUGGUGAAACUGUAAGUGUACUUCUUGGUCGUAUCAAUAAGGUUUUUCAAUACGAAAGGAGACUCAUAACUGGUAAUCAAUCCUUUCCACGAUCAAUCAUCGUCAGUGAUUUUAAUAAUGACACUCGUAUGGAUAUUGCUGUCACGAAUUCAGGCACUAAUACUAUUGGUAUUUUUCUCGGAUUUGGUAAUAAUUCUUUUGCAAAUCAAAUAACAUUUCCAACUGGCUCUCGUCCAUGGUCUUUAGCUGUUGGUGAUUUAAACAAUGAUUCUCGAUUAGAUAUUAUUGUUAGUAAUGUUAAUGAUAGCAGUAUUAGUGUACUUCUGGGUUAUGGUAAUGGCUCUUUUGCAAAUCAAAGAACAUAUUCCACUGGAAAUGAUUCUCAACCGUAUUCAGUUGCCAUUGGUGAUUUUAACAAUGAUCGCUUCUUAGAUAUCAUUGUCGCUAAUUAUCUCGAUUCUAAUGUAGUUAUAUUCAUUGGAUGUGGUGAUGGUACUUUUACAGAUCAAGAAAAAUAUCUACUCAAUCGCGUUUCUUUACCAUUCCUCGUUGUUGUUGGCGAUUUCAACAAAGAUAAAAAGUUGGACUUUGCAGUCGCUAAUCGUGCUACUGACAAUUUAAAUGUUUUCUUACAGACUUGUUAA